AUGUCCAUUCGCCAACUUUCGACAGGCGUCUUCGCCUUGUCGACUCUGAUACAGCAUGCCGUCGCUGCUCCUUCAGGUCCUGUUGUCUCCUUCAAGUUUCCUGAAGUCGUAGAGGCAGGUGGUAUGCACAAUAUCCACGUCGACUACCAUUCAUCUCAUGACGGAGAAUUUUCCAUUGUCUAUGGUGGUUGUGGCAUCAAGUCUACAGAAGACGCUCAUCAUAUCCUUGGCACCACACAUGUUGGAAACCAUGACCUGGCUAAGCGCCAUCUGAACUGGCAUGAACAGAGACCAACUCGUUUUGUCUGGCUGGCUCCCGAGGACAUGUCUAGCGAUGGCUGUUUGCAUGCCUUCUCUGGUGACGCCCUACUCGGAAGAUCUGCUCCUGUCAGUGUCGGUCGUAGAAACAACAAGAGACACCUUGCUGCUUCUGAGAUUAUGGAUGCCAUGGGUCCUUGGUUCGAUGGUGUCACGUAUCUCAAGGAGAAGGAGCCUGAGUCUGUCUUCGUUGCUCAGACCAAAAGCAAGUCUGUUGGUAUCCUUGGUGGUGGCAUGUCGGGUCUGAUGACUGCUCACAUCCUCGACUCUGUUGGUUUCCGUGACUGGCAGAUUAUCGAGGCUUCGUCACGUAUCGGAGGCCGCGUUCACACAUCCUACCUCAACGCUACCAAGUCUGAUCAAUAUCAGUACCAGGAGAUGGGGCCCAUGCGUUUUCCAGUCAGUUUGACUCUCGACAAUGAGACUGUUGAGAUCAAUGACCACAAAAUGGUCUUCCAGCUUGCCGAUGAACUCAACAAGCAAAACCAAAACGACCCUGCCUAUCAAGUCAAGUUCAUCCCAUGGAUUCAGAGCGCCAUGAAUGAUCCCUCAAGUACGACUAAGAGAAAGUCUGAUGGCACUGUUCCUGGUGUCGCCGAGGUGAAGGAGAACCCAUCCCUUGCUGUCAACACUACUGCCACAUAUAGCAAUGCAACUGCUGUUGACGCAGCCACGGAAGAGUUCGAGGACUGGCUUGGCAUGGACAACGAGAAGACUCGCCUCUACGCGACCAACGUCUUCAAGGCCCACAAGCAAGCCGUCGCCGAGGGCUUCCUCGAUUUCUCCGAGUCUGGCUAUCUUCGCUACAAGAUGGGCCAGGACAACAACAUCACCGAUCAAAUUGACUCUGUCGCCGAUAACCUUCCAUCGUGGCCAUACGAGGAUGUCUACUUUGAGGCAACCGAAUGGCGCACUAUCGAUCAAGGUCUGAGUCGUCUACCUGCAGCCUUCGGACCUCAAGUCCUGAACCGCACUCGCUUCCAGACUUCGGUGCAGGCAAUGACCUGGAACGAGACCUCGGAGAAGAUGUCCGUCCACUUCCGCCCUGGCAACCCCUUCGACAUGGAAACCGAAUCCAUCGAUUUCGACUACACAAUCGUCGCAGUGCCUUUCUCAAAAGUCAGACUAUGGCGUCUUCCCGACUACUCGAGCCUGCUCAGCCGCGCCAUCGCCAGACUCAACUACUCUCCCGCCUGCAAGGUCGCCCUCCACUACAAGACUCGCUUCUGGGAACACCUCGAUCGCCCCAUCAUCGGCGGCUGCGGCUCGGGCGGCGGCAUCGCCGGCAUCGGCAGUGUAUGCUACCCCUCCUACCAACUGAACAGCAGCGGCCCCGGUGUAAUCCUCGCCUCCUACCUCUCAGGCGAUAUGGCCAAAUCCCUCGGCGCCAUGACCGAAACCGAACACGUCGCCUACGUCCAACGCGCCAUGAUCGAGAUUCACGGCCCCAUCGCCGCUGAGCAAUACACAGGUGCCUACGACAGAAAGUGCUGGAUGAAUGAUGAGUAUCAGGCUGGUGCUUGGGCUUCUCCUACUGCUUUGCAGCAGGACUUGUAUCUUCCUGCUUACUUCCAGACGGAGAAGCAUACGGUGUUUGUGGGUGAGCAUACUAGUUAUACUCAUGCGUGGAUUUUCAGUGCGUUGGAGAGUGCGGUCAGAGGAACUACGCAGUUGUUGUUGGAUAUGGGGCUUGUGGAUGAGGCUAAGCAGGUUACUGAGUUUUGGAUGGCGAGGUGGAUUAGUAUGUAA